UGCCUCCACCCCCGCUCUCCUUUCCGCUUUCGCAUGAACUUCCGCUCAUGGAGGGAAUACAUCUGCUCUACCCCUUCAUGUAUACACCAAGAGUGACACUCGGGGACUUCUCUUAGCCUACCUUGACUAGCCUACCAUAUCUGUUGAGCCAACAGACUACUACAGCAAGGCGGCAGAGACCGUCCGACCCCUCAUCGACCAUCACCCGCCUCCUCCACCUCAGAAGUGCCGUGGGCCCCUGCACCCUUCCGUUUAGCACGCCUACACUAAGCACCACUCCCCAUCUUCGAAGCACCACCUCAAUAGCUCGCAACGCAGCUCUCCAUUCGUCAGCUAGAGUUAUGGCGCCCGCCACACAAGAGUUCUUCUCGUCGAAGACAUUCGCUAUUGCUGGUGCUAGCAAGGAUCCGAGCAAGAGAUGGAACAAGGUUGUCCGCUGGUACAAGGACAACGACCUCCCUGCCAUUCCCAUCAACCCAAAAGAAAGCAGUAUCGAGGACCUCCCUAGCAUCUCCUCCGUCUCUGAGCUCAAGGAUGCAAAGCAGACGAGCUUAUCGGUGAUUACGCCCCCGCAUGUCAGCUUGCAGAUUGUCAAGACGGGAUUAUUGGAGCUGGGAAUACCUUGGAUCUGGCUGCAGCCAGGAGCAGAGGACAAGGCUCUUCGUGAGUUCCCUUUGACAUUCUCCGUCGCAGUGCAUACUCAUACUCGCUGACACUACCUCUCCACGCCUACGUCCCUCUGCUUACAGGCGACUGGGUGGAAUCACUCCCUGACGAAGACCUCAAGCGACGAGUCAUCUACGGUGGACCCUGCAUCCUCGUCGAAGGCAGGAGACUGGCAAAGGCAGAGGGGAAACUGUAGCCGUAGGCGAGUCCUUGAGUAUACCAAUGGAACACAGUCAUCUAGCGCUCUUCUUUCUCACAAAAUAGAUUGGGUGACGACUCAGAUUGAAAACGAUUCCAAAUGGUGACAUUAGAGAGUACAGUGCGUGUGAAUGGGUGUAUGUAUAUACAUGCAAGAUGGGCUAAAAUUUGGGAAUUUGUGCGCAGAAACGGUCAAGUAAAGUCGAAAUCGAAGUCUAGAACCCCCCCUUCCCCCCUUUUUUGUAUCAGCGUCAUCUUGAUUUGACAGGAAGACUGACCGAUGAUGGAAGAGCGUCAUGUCGCAUCGUGUCAGAUUGUGAUCGUUUCACAAGUGUGCGCGCCCCUU